AGCUCCAUCUGCAAACUCCGUUUUAUGUGUUUUUGUUUCUUCGUUUUUAGAGGCGUUUUUGGCUGGUUGAAAAAACUGCUGCUGUCUUCAUGACACACAGUUGAUGGUUAGAAAACGCUCUAUUCGGACAUCCUUUGUGAGUGUGUUUUUUUUCUCUGUGUUUCGGUGGAAUUUGUCACUGAUAUAUUAAAAAAAAUCGCAUGACAUAGACGUCGUAACGCAUGAAGUCAUAUCUUUUUACGGAAAGUGAGUUUGAAAAAAAAUUAAAAAAAAAAAAAAAAACGUUAAAAACGGACAAGUGAAAUGGUCAUAAAAACAUGACUAUACACGAAAAUCGGUUUGAUUUGAAAUGUGAAAGUGCAUUCUAAGUGCAACAUCGAUCGUCCUUGGUGUAAAACACAAAAAAAGGAUCAAAUAAAUCGAUGGUAUUUUGUUUUUGGUAAUUUAGCUGGUAAACCAAUGUUGAUGUGAAAGAAGAAGCAGAAGAAAAAAAAAAAAAAACAAAACAAGGCCAUUCUUUGUCUGAUUAGAAUUUGGGUCCUUUUCCAUUUCUCUUUUUUUUUCUCGAAAUGUCCUCGAAGAAUUUCACAUUAAAUGCAAAAAUCAUGUAAGAAAAUGAAUUUCCCUUAAGUGUUGAUGUGUGUUGUGCUAAAUUAAUAAUAAAAAUAAAAAAAAACCUCUUCAAAAGUGAAAAAAGUGUUUCAGGAUUAUUUCAGGAUAUAUCUACCUAUAUGAACAUUUGUGGUUGGAUUAAUGGAUAACAAAUGUAUGAUUGGUCUAAUUGGAUGCGACCAUCAGUUUCAGCAUCAGUCAUGUGAGAAUCACUGCACUUUUGGAAAAUCUGCAAAAAACAGAUAGAAAACAAAAAAUAUAAAAAAAAAAAUUCGGAUUUCCUUUUUUAUCUUUUCAUUAAAAAAAAAAAAUUAAUUGAACCAUAAAAAAAAAUAAAAAACGAUUGGAAACAGAAAUACUUUUGUCGUGUGACCGUGCACCGUCUUCUCGUCGAGUCGCAUAGUCGGGUCGCCGGGCAAAUAUAAUUACUUUAUACGACCAUACGGAUAUCCGGUGUCAAGAGCGGUUAUGUUUUUCAACAGAAUAACGCCGCGCAAUGAGUAAUAAGUUCGAAGUCAGCUACAGUGCACUUGGUAUGUCUGACGAUACUGGAUCAACCGCCCAAUCCCGGGCCAGUCGAAAUGUUAACUUCCAACCCGAAUCAGCUAAUAAUAAUGUACCAUCAUCAAGACGAGGAUCACGAUUUUUCCAGCGACCACGUUCUAUGUCCGCAUGGAGCGACAUUAGCAGGAGUAGCAUGCGUCUGGAUGAACGAGUCCGAGUUGAAUACUACGUUAAUGAAAAUACAUUCAAAGAAAGACUGCAACUUUACUUCAUUAAGAAUCAAAGAUCAAGUUUAAGAAUACGAAUAGCUGACCUGAUUUUUAAAUUACUAGCAUGUGUUCUGUAUAUAUUACGUGUGAUAACGGAUUCGAAUCCAACAUUUGCAACAUGUUAUGGCUGUUUACCUAGUAAUAAAACGGAAUUCCUGGAAUCGGCGCAUUUAACAGAGGAGGAAUUUCAAGAAAAUCCAAUUAUCAAUUGGGAAGCAAUUCUGUGGGUUAAUCGGCCGACGAUUUUGUGGGCCGCACAAUUAAUUUUAGCGUUAGUGUCGUUAACGGAAGCAUUUUUACUCACAUAUCUAGGAUAUAAGGUGAGUAUCUAUGGAAACAUAUGGCAACAGAUACUCUCGUUUCAUUUUAUAUUAGAACUUAUUACGACAAUACCUUUUGCACUUACGAUAUUAUGGCCUCCUUUAAGACACCUUUUCAUACCAAUUUUUCUCAAUUGCUGGCUCGCAAAGAGGUCAUUGGAGAAUAUGUUCAACGAUCUUCAUCGAGCUAUGCAAAAAUCUCAGUCUGCCUUAUCACAACAACUUACAAUAUUAUCAGCGACGUUGCUGUGCUUAGUUUUUACCAGCGUUUGUGGAAUUCAGCAUUUCCAACGAGCAGGACAUCGUCACUUGAAUUUAUUUCAAAGUACCUACUAUGUGGUGGUGACAUUCUCAACAGUUGGCUAUGGAGAUUUUGUACCCGAUAUCUGGCCAUCACAGAUGUACAUGGUCAUAAUGAUAUGUGUAGCCUUGAUUGUCCUUCCAACACAGUUCGAACAAUUGGCAUUCACAUGGAUGGAAAGACAAAAAUUAGGUGGCAGCUAUUCAUCCCAUCGUGCGCAGAGUGAGAAGCACGUUGUCGUUUGUUCUACAACACUGCAUGCGGAUACAAUUAUGGAUUUCCUAAAUGAAUUCUAUGCACAUCCAUUGCUGCAGGACUAUUAUGUGGUACUAUUGAGUCCGAUGGAGUUGGAUACAACGAUGCGAAUGAUAUUGCAAGUGCCUAUAUGGGCCCAACGAGUCAUAUACAUUCAGGGAUCGUGCCUAAAAGACGGUGACCUAGCACGAGCGAGGAUGAACGAAGCCGAAGCCUGUUUUAUCCUGGCUGCUAGGAAUUAUGCGGAUAAGACUGCUGCCGAUGAACAUACGAUAUUACGUUCGUGGGCAGUUAAAGACUUUGCACCGGUUGUGCCGCAAUACGUGCAAAUAUUUAGGCCAGAGCAUAAGCUACAUGUGAAAUUUGCGGAGCAUGUGGUGUGCGAAGAUGAGUUUAAAUACGCGUUAUUAGCAAACAACUGUACGUGUCCGGGUGCCAGUACGCUCGUAACACUUUUGCUCCACACCUCCAGAGGACAGGAAGGACAACAGUCCCCGGAGGAAUGGCAUCGUUUAUAUGGCAAGUGUUCCGGAAAUGAAAUUUAUCACAUCGUUCUCGGUGAUAGUCGGUUUUUCGGAGAAUACGAAGGAAAGAGCUUUACGUAUGCCAGUUUUCAUUCGCAUCGAAAAUACGGAGUUGCCUUAGUUGGUGUUCGACCAGCCGAAUUACCUGAAUUCUAUGAAGAUACAAUAUUGCUGAAUCCUGGCCCUCGGCAUAUAAUGAAAAAAGACGAUACAUGUUAUUACAUGAGCAUAACGAAAGAGGAAAAUUCUGCAUUCGUUGUAAAUCAGAAUCAAAAUCAAACCGCCGAAGCUACGAAAGAUGUUAGAACAACAACAAUAAACAACAACACCACCACCAUGACCACAUCACACCACCAUAUGGCACCUGUGCCGUCCGUUUGUGUGCGUGUGCCCCAUAGUCCCAGUUUAGAUUCGGGUGCGGGUACACCAAUAAAAAGGCAUCAUUCAGACAGUGACUUUACAACACUAUUUGUGCCAUCAGAUAAUCCAACUUCUGUGAUAAUACCCGACGCAAAACACAACCCCAAGGACACUACAGUUACAUCGACCAAUGCAUCGUUAACACCAACAGCCACAACAACUGCCGUAACACCAUCAAAUGUUCCACUAUCGAUUGGUGGUGGUGGUGGUGGUGGUGGUGGUGGCGGUGGAGGUGUUGGGUUAGGUAUUGGUGCAGGUAAUGUUGGUAGUGGAAGCAGUGGAUCAACAUUAGCGACAGGAAAUCAUUUAGACGUGCCACAGCAAGGCAAUCCACAUCUUCUUAGUCCGGAUGUUUUAAAUCAACGACGAGGUAGUCGUCGACCAUCCAUUCUUCCAGUGCCCGACAUGUUUACCUCAUCGUCAUUUAGCAUAUCCGGCAAUGACGACGGCGAGGAAGGUGACGAAAGUGAAGAUGAAAUUGACGAUGAUGUUCCUUGGAGAUCUCCAUCCGAGAAGAUUGCAUGUCUGAGUGGUCAUUUUCCACAAUCACGCACCUAUUCCCUCAUAAUGAGUUCCUCUGAGGACUCAAGUCGAUUGUGUUGCAACAAUCCACUGCCCGAGAAUAGGUUUCGCAUGCACAAAAGUUUUAGCUGUGAUAGCUAUAGGAAAAUUUCAACUACCACUGAUACAUCGACCACAACUAUUGCACCAUCGUCAACAGCAACAACUCUUACGACAGCAACAACAACAACAAUGACAAGUAGUUCAAAAAAAGUGUCACGUCCUGUGUGGCAUGCUGAUUAUUAUCGGAUCGUAAAAGGAUUUCCACCAGUUUCACCAUUCAUAGGGGUCAGUCCGACUCUGUGUUAUUUACUGAAGGAAAAGAAACCGCUUUGUUGUUUACAAUUAGCUCAGGUGUGCGAACAUUGUAGUUAUCGAAAUGCCAAAGAAUACCAAUGGCAGAAUAAAACUAUAAUUUUAGCUGCUGAUUAUGCAUCGAAUGGCAUUUAUAAUUUCAUCAUUCCACUGCGUGCCCAUUUUCGUUCAAAAACAUCAUUGAAUCCAAUAAUUUUGCUUCUCGAACGAAGACCGGAUGUAGCAUUUUUGGACGCGUUAUCAUAUUUUCCUUUGGUUUACUGGAUGCUUGGAUCAAUUGACUGCUUAGAUGAUUUACUUCGUGCUGGCAUAACGUUAGCGGAAAGUGUUGUCGUUGUUAACAAAGAACUAUCGAAUUCAGCGGAAGAGGAUUCAUUAUCUGAUUGUAAUACAAUCGUUGCUGUGCAAAAUAUGUUCAAAUUUUUCCCAAGUAUCAAAAGUAUAACAGAGCUGUCGCAAAGCUCUAAUAUGAGGUUUAUGCAGUUUCGUGCACACGAUAAAUACGCACUGCAUCUAAGUAAAAUGGAAAAGCGAGAAAAGGAACGUGGAUCCCAUAUCUCUUACAUGUUUCGUCUGCCAUUCGCCGCGGGUGCCGUUUUUAGUGCGUCCAUGUUGGACACACUACUUUAUCAGGCCUUUGUAAAAGACUACGUGAUUACAUUUGUAAGGCUACUUCUUGGAAUAGACCAAGCUCCAGGAAGUGGAUUUCUAACAUCGAUGCGAAUAACUAAAGAAGACAUGUGGAUACGUACGUAUGGGCGAUUAUAUCAAAAACUCUGCUCAACAACAUGUGAAAUUCCAAUUGGUAUUUAUCGGACGCAGGAUACAUCCAAUACGGAAGCGACACAUGUGAGUAGUUCACCAGUAGACAAAUGGGGACCAUUUUCAGCCUUCGGAAAGCCCUGUGUGCGAUUGCGACCAUCGUACGAUGAGGGAUCUCGAACGCCGGAGUCAACAAAGGACAGCAGUGAAGCCCUAAGAGGCGUGACAUAUCGUCCUCCGGCUCAUCAUAAUAAGCCAACCACUUGCAUGGGUGGUUGUUCUGACCGUAAGGGAUCAUCUUCAUAUGUCAAAUACAGUAGUGACCUCCAGAUUGCUUACUCAAAGGUAGGUAAAGCGAAUGCUGCCAAAAGUUCCAAGGUAAAUCAGUACUCAAUUAAUCUAGCCGAUGAGGCCCGGGACAAUCAUGCUCAACAAAUCGAACGAGCCGAAAUAGCGAAUUUGGUUCGAAGUCGAAUGGAAUCAUUAAAUCUGCCGACCAUCGACUAUGAUGAUGUUAGUGAGAAGCGAAAUCAUCUAUCGUAUGUGAUUAUUAACCCAAGCUGUGAUCUUAAAUUAGAAGAAGGAGACAUCAUCUAUUUAGUUCGACCAUCACCAUUUUCGGCGCAGAAAACCUUCGAACGUCACAAUUCACGCCGCAAGUCAAACAUAUCGUUCUGUUCGAAUAUUAAUAUCGGUGCGGCCUGUGGACCCGGUGUCGGUGGUACUGGAUCAAGACGCGGCUCCGGCAUGAGCAUGAAUCCCAUGCAAAUGCAAAGUGUCCAGACUCUGGCUGGGUAUGCAUCAGCACGCUGCACACCACCAAUUCACGCAAUUAAAUCCAAUUCUCUUUCUCUACCCGACAGUCCGACAGUGGUGGGUUCAGCCCGUGGACGCAGCAAUUCCUUACGGAUUGAAAAUGAUAUUCUACUGCGUCGAUCGAGUUCACUGCGUCAAGGACUGCCAAACGUUGGAGUAAGUGGUCGUAGGAAAUCAUCGUUGGAAGAAAUCGGUAUCAGUCACUUUACCACACUGAUGCAAGCAACGAAUCACUCGAAUCCAAUCAAAAUUGCUCUAAAUGGCAGCAUUGGACUAGAGAAUCAAAUAUCAUUGCAGGUAACACCCCCAGAGGAGCCAACCCCUGUGUUGGGUGUACCAUGCAUUGGUGGCAUUAAUCCAUCAACAUUGGGUGGUUCAUCAUUUGGCGGAUCAUCAUUGUGCAUGAAUACAGCAGAUUUGGGUAAUAGUUCUUCCUUACAAUAUCAACAGGAGCAAUCACAAUCAACGGCACCAUCGCCACAACAUCUGCAGGGCACCAUUGUAUGAUACAACCUAAUGUGGGGCCGUCGGCUCCGCUCGUCAAUAUCGAAAAAGAACAAAUGGAUUUAAUGUAAAUUAUUAUGCGUAUUAUAUAUAAAAUAUUUAAGUUAAUUUUAAGGAAGAACAAAAUUGUAUAAUUUAAUUAAAAGAAACAACGAUUUACAAUAAAUAUUUAAAAACGCAA